GAAUGUGGCACAGAGAGGGCUAAAUGGCUUCCCAGGGGGGCAACCUGGCCAAGUCAGUCAGACCUCAAGCUGCCCACACACCUGGGCCUGCAGCCCAGCCACCAGUGGGUCAGCACUGGCACGCGCAGUGUCACCCAGGAGCCGCAGGGGCGGGCGACGGUUCCACACACCCCAACGCGUCCCUGCGGUGACCGAGGCCCACGUGACCACCAUCAGCCCGGACGGAGGUCCACGGACGAGGGUCCAGGGGUCGGGGCUGCGGGGCAAGGGUCCGCGGGACAGGAUCUGAGGGGUAGGAGUUUCGAGACCGGCUCUGCACGUGGAGUCUGCGUGUUGGGGUCGACUGUGCGGGACUCCGAGGGGCGGGGUUUGCGGGGACGUGCUCCGUGGGGCCAGGGCUCUAGCUAAGGUUCCCCGCUGGGAGUCGGCAGGUCCGCCGCGGGGCUGGGAGUGGGGGGGAUGCUGCAUCCUGGGACGAGCGGGACCCCCGGCUGCCUCCCCGCGGGGCCGCCCCCGCGCCUGUCCCUCCCCCUCCGCUCCGCCGCCCUGCGUAGCCGCCGGAAAGUUUGCGCGCGGCUGGGCAAGCGCGGGCGCGGGCGCGGAGCCGGCGCCGACCCCGACCGGCAGCGCAGCGGAAGCAAGCGGCCAGAUCCCAACGCGCCCCGAGGACGGCGGGAGCCAAGCCAGAGCCCAGAUCGGCACUGCGUGCAACCUGUGGAGGAGGACCCACACCCGCGAGGACCCCAGUGCCCCAGACGUGCAGCCCUUGCCAGAUGUGGGAGACAGCUGCCUGGAAGCAUGUCCCCCACCUGGCCACGACACCGCCAUCUACUGCUGCUGCUGCUGCUGCUGGCCUACAGGCUGCAGGCCACCUCUGCUCAGGUGAUGGACUUCCUAUUUGAGAAGUGGAAGCUGUACAGCGACCAGUGUUACCACAAUCAGAGCCUGCUGCCCCCCCCCACUGAGCUGGUCUGUAACAGAACCUUUGACAAGUAUUCCUGCUGGCCUGACACGCCCCCUAACACCACAGCCAACAUCUCCUGCCCCUGGUACCUGCCUUGGCACCACAAAGUGCAGCACCGCUUUGUGUUCAAGAGAUGCGGCCCUGAUGGGCAGUGGGUGCAGGGGCCCCGGGGACAGCCGUGGCGCAAUGCCUCCCAGUGCCAGCUGGACGAUGAGGAACUGGAGGUCCAGAAGGAGGUGGUCAAGAUGUACAGCAGCUUUCAGGGGGUGUACACGGUGGGCUACAGCCUGUCCCUGGGGGCCCUGCUCCUGGCCCUGGCCACCCUGCUGGGCCUCAGCAAGCUGCACUGCACCCGGAACUACGUUCACGCGAACUUGUUUGCGUCCUUCAUGCUGAAGGCCUGCUCUGUGCUAGUCAUUGACCGGCUGAUCAAGACCCGCUACAGCCAGAAGAUUGGUGACGACCUCAGUGUGAGCAUCUGGCUCAGUGAUGGGGCAGUGGCUGGCUGCCGGGUGGCCUCUGUGUUCAUGCAGUACGGUGUGGUGGCCAACUACUGCUGGCUGCUGGUAGAGGGUGUGCACCUGCACAGCCUGCUGGGUCGUGCCACCCUCCCUGAGAGGAGCCGCUUCACCCUCUACCUGGGCAUUGGCUGGGGUGCACCCAUGCUGUUUGUCAUCCCUUGGGCAGUGGUCAGGUGUCUGUUUGAGAACAUCCAGUGCUGGACCAGCAACGACAACAUGGGCUUCUGGUGGAUCCUGCGCUUCCCUGUCUUCCUGGCUAUCCUGAUCAAUUUCGUCAUCUUUGUCCGCAUCAUUCACCUUCUUGUGGCCAAGCUGCAAGCCCGUCAGAUGCACUACACGGACUAUAAGUUCCGGCUGGCCAAGUCCACGCUGACCCUUAUCCCCCUGCUGGGGGUCCAUGAGGUGGUCUUCGCCUUUGUGACUGAUGAGCACGCCCAGGGCACCCUGCGUUCUGCCAAGCUCUUCUUCGACCUCUUCCUCAGCUCCUUCCAGGGCCUGCUGGUGGCUGUCCUCUACUGUUUCCUCAACAAGGAGGUGCAGUCGGAGCUACGGCGGUACUGGCGCCGCUGGCUCCUGGGCAAAGCGCUGCGGCAGGAGCUGCGCACCAGCAGCCACGUGGCCUCAACCGGGCCCAGCCACGGCAUCCCUUGUGAGAAGCUGCAGCUCGUAAGGGGAGGUAGCAGCAAUGGGGCUGGCCAGAACCCCUCUGCAGAGCCCCCUUUGGCUGGUGGCCUCCCUGGGUUGGCUGAAAGCCCUUCUGUAUCCCUGGCUGGGGCUGGACUCAGAUUCCCAGAGAGGGCAUCACUAGACAGCCCAGAACUGGACACACUGCCGAGGCUGGAGGACCCUGCUGUCCAUCUCUCCCACAGUGUGGUGGUCUGUGGUGGGAGCUGCCCCUCCCCACACUUGCCCUGUCCCUGAGGGCAGCAUUUGGGGUUGGGAAGCUGUGCAGUAAACUGCAUGCCUAUGGCCCCAAGUGUUGGCAUGUCCCAUGUGUGUGCCCUCCUACAAUAAAGAGCAAGUAAUGGCCAUAGUA